AGUAGCGAUAUUAUUGAACUUUUGAUACAUUUCAUUCAGUAACCACGUGUGUUUAUUUGAUUAUGAGGUUAUCUUUGUAAACUUGUUAAAAGCAUAGUUAUAUAAAGUGAGAUUGAGAGUGAGUAUUGGAUUUUGAGCUCAAAUGGCUACAUCCUUGGCAGAUCAACUUCAACGUUUGAAAGUCCCAGAGACAUCGGUAUUAAUAAGAGAUAAUAAACGACCAUCUCUACUUUUUAACCCAAAAGAAGCUGCUACUCUUUCCAAGGAGACAGUCUAUCAAAUUGGCUUAGAAGGAUUGGAGGAAUUGAUCCAAAAGAAUGAAGUAUUCUCACAGUUCAAACAUACCUUAUUCCAUGAAACGUCUAAGAGUUUUGAAAGAUCAGUACAAACUGCUGAAAUUAAUGAAAAGCUGAAUAAAUCUUUGAGACGGAUGCUUUUAUCGAUCUCUCCGUAUUUUCUGUUUAACUGCUCUCAUAAAGUAUUAGAAUGGUUAAUAUGUAGAUUUUCUAUACAUGAAUAUCUUAGAGAUGAUUUACUCAUGUUAUGUUUACCAUAUCAUGAAUCAACUAUGUUUGUUAGAGUCUUACAAUUGCUCAAAUUUAAAGACAAAAAUGACAGUUUUUAUUUUCUUAAAAGUUUCCAAAAAUCAGGAACUCAUUUACCAAAACAAUCUCUUUUGAAUCAUGCUGCUUCAGAUAUCGGAUUUUUAAAGUAUGUGACUUUGUACCUAAAAGAUUUGCUUAAGGUUCAUAGCAAACAUGAAUUACUAUCUGUAGCAAUAAAUUUUUAUUGCACAGUAUUUACUGGAACUUUAGAAUAUUUAGAUAAUAUAGGUGAAGAUCUUUUGUGUCAAAUGCUUCCAUUAAUAAUAAAAGGUUUGAAUUCCACAACUGCAGAUUUCUAUGCAGCGAGUUUAGUUGUAACAGUCAGACUAGUAACUAAAACCACUUUAUCAGAUCAUCUUAUAGACAAACUGGUUGAAAAAAUAUCAGAAUUUUCAGUUUCCAAUUUAAAAAAAGAAGCAUCUUUAGUUCUGAUAAUUAUUUAUCAAUCGCAGGAACAUUAUAAACAUAUACCAUCAACUGCUGUUAACAAUAUUUUAAAUAUUCAGGAACUACCAAAAAUAUUGAAUAAUUUACAAUCUAAUGGCAAUUCUAUUUAUCCUUUUUUGAAGAGAUUUAUCAGUUGUUUCACUUAUGAAGGUGUUAAUAACGAUGAAAAAUUAUCUAGAGAUGUUAUGAAAGCUUGCUUAGAUCUUAUAAAGGUGAAGAAUACAUUUGUUUUUACAAUUUUAAGGUGUAUUUUAGAUGCUGUGAAUACAAAAUUGCAAAUUUCUCCAGAAGCUCAAAAUUGGUUAACAGAAAUAAUUCAUUCAAUAGAACAACAAUAUCCUACUCCGUUCGAUAAAGCAGUUCACAAAAUUUUAUCCACAUCUUCAGAUAAAAGAUCGGUAAAAAGACGAAAGUGUCUAUCAAAAAUAAUUAAAAAUUCUGUAAUAUAUCGAGGCAAAUUUGAACUUUUGGAAAAACUGUAUCAUCCAAAUCCUGCUAUAAGGGGUGAAGCAAUAAAAUUAUUAUGCAAUAAUUUUGACGACCUGAAAGAUACUGACAGACAAUUAGUAAAUAAAUCAUUGGUAGAUAAACUAAAUGAUAAUGAUGUUAUGGUGGUAAAAAACACCUUGGAAAUUUUGAAAAAAUGUGAUGCUGUUGAUAAAUGCGGUAUAAAAAGUGCACUAAUAAACUUAGCCAAUAAAUAUCAAAAAGAUAAAUCCGGAUGGGGACUUAUUUCAGAUAAUGUAGUGAAUUUAUUAACAUCUCUUUAUGAACCAAAUGAUUGGGAAGUUUUUAUAUCUUUAUUUCCGUUUUUAUUACCUCAAACAUCUAAAAAUAUGUCAAGAGCAAAGAAAAUAUUGGAGACUCCCUUUAUAGCUAAGAACAACUUGUUUAAAUUAGAUUUACAGAAAUUGAAAAAUGCUGACGAAGAAGAAAGUUUUGUUACAUUGUUGCUUAACACUUUAUCUAAGAAUACUGAUGUUGAAAUUGUCAAAUCUCUAAUAGAUGUCGUAAAGAAAAAUGAAACAGUAAAUUAUUCAUUUCAUAAAUAUAUUUUAAUUCUAUUAUUGAGUACAAUUUUACCACAAGAUUCCAAUUUAGAAAUUGCUGGUCAAGUUUUAAACAUUUUCUCAACACUGUAUUAUUCUUCGAGUGAAAAAUUUGAAAAAAAGGCAUCUGUUAUUGGAUAUAUACAGAAAGCAAUUGCAGGGAAGUUUCCUAUGCAAGGAUUUUUACAGUGUCUUGAAAAAUUUAUAUAUAAAAUUAAAAAACCAGACAUCGAUUUGAAGCAGAGAGAUUUUUCAAUAAACAAUCAUGAAAAUGAUUAUUAUAUUAAUAUCACAUGCUUGUUAUUGGAUAAAGAAGAAUAUCUUAAGAAAUUUUUGAAAGCAAAUUUUCAAAAUUUCAACGAAGAAAUGGAAUUUUUCCUUAACGUUUCCGUAAGUGGCAAUAGUCAUUUAUAUACCAAUUUCAAAUCAAAAAUUCUGAAAUAUAUUGAAAGUAUAUUAAAACAAAAUUUAGAAACUGACGAUACCAUCACUAUAAACAAUUAUUUAAUAGUUUUAUUAUUAGCUUUGAUGGCAGAUUCAGAGGAGAAUCUUCGUAAAACAGUCAUACAUAUUCUCACUAUGUUAAUCACGAUGUCUACCCAAAAGGAAAACCGAUACAAUCCAUUAAUAAACAGUUUAAUCAAACAUAAAGAGGAAAUCAUAAUUGAUAAUCAACAGAUACCAUCAAUAAUUUUUAAUACUUUAGAUCCUUCAAACACGAAAGGUAAAAGAAAUUCGAAGGAUUUGAAUUUUAUUAGAAACGAUUUAUUUAGUUUAUCCUGUCGUAAUGAUACUCCAGCUUAUUUAAAGGCUACAAUCUUAUGGGCAUUUUCAUUGAUAGAUACAUUUGAGUCUCUAGAAGAAACAACCGAUAUGGCUCUUAACAUAUUAAAAAAUAAUUCAAUUGAAUUAACGUCUUUCAAUGCGAGAAUAAUCAAAUUGGUAGUUUCAAAAAUAAAUUCUCAAGUUAUCGGUCGAUUGAAUAUGGAUUCUAAAACUUGGAGACUACUGGAAACUUUUAUCAACAGCGAUAAAACAAUUAUUAAAGAUAGUGAAGAUACAUUAUCUCUUUCCUCGCUUACAUUAAACCAAUUGAAUAGUGAUACAUUUUCUUCUCUCGAAGACGAAGUUGUUGUUAAAUCAAUUCUAAAGAUAAUAAUAGAACUAUCACUCACCACUCAGGAUUCAGAAGUAGUUUUUCUUAUUAGUAGAAUUUUCAAGCAUAUAGAUCUAAACGCUGAAUGGAUUAAAGAGCAUUUAGUCAGCAUGAGGGAUGUACAGUCUUCAAAGAUUGACGAAAAUAAAAAGAAAAGAAGAAUUGGUAUUGUACCCACAGUUGAUAUUUUGGAUACUUUUGAAUGGAAAAAAGGAGUGGCUGUAUUGGAAUUCAUUCAAGAUAAGAAGAAAAUAAGAAAUAUAGAAUGUGUACUUCCAAUAUUUUUCGAUUUGCUUAAACGCUGUUUAGAUUUCGAUGAACAAUCAGCUGUAGAAUACCCCAAACAGCUUCUUCUGGCUAUAAUCCAUCAAAGUUGUAUGAAACUAGAUGGUGUAUUACCUGAAAAUCUCUUCAACGUAGAACUGAUCGUUCAGUGUAUUAGGGCUUCACAAAAUCCCCAAACUCAUCAUCAGGCAUUAUUGGUUUUAGCUUAUACUGCUAAUCUACUACCCACUCAAGUGUUACAUCAUAUGAUGGCAAUUUUUACUUUCAUGGGAUCUUCGGUAUUACGACAUGAGGAUGCAUAUAGUUUUCAACUUAUUUCAAAAAUUAUAGAUACAGUUAUUCCUAUUAUUACCAAAGGUGAUGGAGAAGAUAUUCAAGUACAUAAUGUAACAAAAAUUUUAAGAAUAUUCGUAGAUGUGAUACUAGAUGUACCAGAACAUAGAAGAAUUCCUCUGUACAAACAACUAUUAGAAACUGUUAAUGUCAAAGAACACCUCUAUAUAUUUCUACUUCUACUUUUUGAAAGUCAAAUUAAAAGUAGUACAAUCCAGAAGAAAGAAAAAGAUGCCGUUCAAAGGAAGCUCGAUAUAGGAGCUGAUAUAUGCAAAGAAUUUUCUCCUUCCAUUGUUAUUUAUAAUUGUAUCCGUUUGCUACAACAUUUAAGCAAUUUGCCAGAUGAAAAACAAGACAAUAUAGAAGUAAAUGGCGAAACAACCCCCAACUUAUCUUCUUUCUCUCCCAAAGAUUUUCGUCACUACAAAUACCUAAUCGUCAAGUUUACAGCCAAUCUUCUAGGAUCUCACAGUUUCGUGAAACAAGUGGCUGAUUUAAACGAAGAAGAAGAACUCAAUCUGGAACCGUUAUUUAAAGAGAUUAUUAUCAGUGUUCUUCAAUAUAUACAAAGAGUUUCAAAAAUAGUUGAGAAAUUUUCCAAUACACCUCAAGUGCAAUAUUGGAAAGUACUAUUGCAUUUGAAUUACGAUAUUUUAGAUAGUGUUAAUGCACUUGUAACACCACAAAUGUUUCUGUUAAUUACUAAAGGGUUAUUAGUCCAUAAAUUACCGACAGUGAAGAAGAGAAUAUUAGAAUUGCUGAUUAAUAAAUUGCAAUAUAAUAAAGAAUUUUUCUACCAUGAAGAAAAAACGGAUUUGUAUUCAUUAAUUCAUCCUAUUACAUCUAUUAUAGAAGGUGGUAAAGAAGAAGAGGGCGAUACAGAACAAGAAACUGUUAUUCAAACAAGUUUGUUGUGCCUCAAGUUGUUGGUAAAAACUCUAGCACCGGAAGAACCAGAAAAAUUCGUACCAAUUCUAGAUUUCGUAACAGGAUUAUUGAUGUCUAAGAAAACCCAAAGUAAUAUCCAAGCGUCGGUAGUACUUUGUUUGGCCGAAUUAUGUGUCAAUUUAAAAGGUUUUGCUAUUGGCAGCUUACCGGAUUUUAUGCCCGCUCUCAUUAAGAUUUUAAAAAGACAAAAACACUGCGAAACCCACAAUAUGUUGAUAAGAAGUUUAAUUACUACUAUCGAAAAGAUUUUGGAUAGUAUGCCGUUGUUUCUAAGUCCCUAUUUAGAGAAAUUGUUAACAGAAAUAACUCAAUUGAUAUCCACUUGCACUAAUAAUGAAGAACACAAGACACAAGCAUUCUCCACAAAAUUGAGCAGCGUAAAACAAAAAAUAGGACAUUCAAUACCACUCAGGAUGCUGCUACCUACCGUACAAACAUCUUACGACGUUUUGUUGGAGAACAAAUGUUUUAAGGCCAUUACUGUUCUCUUGGAUAUACUAGCGGAAACUAUUUCCAAUACUACCACAUCUGAUCUAAAUAGUAACUUGAAUCAACUAACAAACCUCUUUUUCUCGAUCCUUAAAUUUCGUACUGAAAAUCUGUGUUCUGCCGAAGAUAUCGAAGAUGUGGAAACUCACAUUAUAAAUGCCUUCACAGUACUUAUAUUGAAAUUGUCGGAAAAUACUUUCCGGCCCUUAUACUACAAACUAUAUGAUUGGGCUGUAAGAUCCGAAAUUAAAGAUGAGAGAUUAAUAACGUUCUACAGUCUUUCUAGCAGAAUCGCGGAAUCUCUUAAAAGUUUAUUUGUUUUAUUUGCAAGUCAUUUUAUCAAUAAUUCUGCACAAAUAUUAGACGCUUGUAAUUUGAGUAAAACUGAAGAUCUUUACUUUACUGAUGAAGAAAAAAACGUCAUUUUAAUAGAGAACAUAUUAAAAACUCUAAACUCUGUAUUUUUGUACGACAAUCAGAAGUUUAUAAAUAGAGAUAGAUUCAAUAUCCUUAUGCAACCAUUGGUAGAUCAACUGGAGAAUCCAUUGGGAGGUUUAGAUGUGCUUACCAAACGAAAUACUGAAUUAGUAACGCCUUGUUUGGUACAUUUCUCGGUAGCCGUUGCCGACGAUGCGUUAUGGAAGCAAAUCAAUUAUCAAAUUUUAUUAAAAAUGAGAAAUAAUACAGCUAAAAUUAGAUUAAUAGCGUUGCAUUGCCUUACGGAAAUAGUAAAGAAGCUCGGUGAAGAUUUCCUUCCGUUGUUACCGGAAACUAUUCCUUUCUUAGCGGAAUUACUCGAAGAUGAAGAAGAAGAUAUCGAGAAAAACUGCCAGAAAGCCGUACGGGAAAUGGAAGCUGUUUUAGGGGAAUCGUUACAAAAAUAUUUUUAGUUUAGUUACUUUAAAUGAAUGUACAUAUAUUUUUUAUUAUUUGUCUUGAGUAUACACAUGUAAGCAAGGAAUUUUCAGAAAUGUAAAAGAAAAUCGCCAUUUUGGAAUAAUCUAGCGCAUCAAAUGAGCGGUUCAGUAUGAUGUCCCAACCACAGUGACCAAUUAUCUAACAAUUUAUCGAUGGCUAAUGUUAAUCUUACGUUUUAAAUUUUAACUGAAAUUGAUAGUACAAAAAGACUUUGAAUGGGUCUGGCAUUUCAAAAAAAGAACAAAA